AUGGUUAGAGAUUAUAAAAGAAAAAAACCAAAGGUCGUUUACGACGAAGAGAAAGUAGCUGAAGCUAUUGAAAAAAUACGUCGCAAGGAAUGGACAUAUGAAAAAGCGUCAAAUGAAUCUGGUAUCCCUGUUGGAACACUCGCCUCUCGAAUAUCAAGAAACUCGAACGGUCCUGUUGGACGUCCCACUGCUUUGAAUACAAACGAAGAGAAACAUUUGGUCGACUUGAUCUUGACGUUACAAAGCUAUGGGGAAUUAUCGGCUAUCGAAGAUGUAUUGAAAUAUGCAUCUGACGAGGGAAGUUCCCCAGGUGUUUAA